AUGGACGGCGUAGCACCUACAGCAGCAAAAUCUUUAAAGCAUAUCGAAUGGAUGUGGCAGUCGAAUCCUAAUCCAUGGUCGGAAUCGGAGCUAACCGAAUGGAGUUAUUAUACUUAUGUAGAAAAUAUAAUAAUUGAAGAAGCAUUCUCAAAAAGAAAGAAACGAGCUAUAUUGGAUGACUACUAUGUUGAUUUCAAAGAUAAUGUACAGAUAUCCAAGAAUAAUGAGUACAACAGGAGACCCAUAAAACGAAUGGAGUAUGAGAAAGAAGACAAGCCUUUAAGAGAGGAACGUUUUAUAGAUCUUCCUAUUACUUCGAAACAUUCGCUCAUCGAUGAAUAUGGUUGGGUAUCACCAUUUAUAAUGGAAGUCAGAAGAAGUUUGGGCCUUAAAUCAGACGAAUUACCUUGCAAAAAGCCACGUAUUAUCCCGAUGCUUGUCAGGAAAGCUGCUUGUGGUAUUAUUGAAGAAGGUAAGCAUAUUGGAAAACGCCGAGAAGCAAAGUGUUUGGCUAAUAUGCUUCGAGAAAAAAAGAACCAAGGAAUAGAAGAAGUAUGGAAAUGCUGUGCUUAUCUUUACACCUUGGAAAGUUUCCUGUACAAAACCUUGAAUGCAACUAUGAGAUUAGUUGGAGACAAGGAGCAUGAACAAGUAUGGCGAGGUAAAAUUCGUACAUUGGGUCCCUUUUGUUUAUUGCUGUGGGAUGAUCCAUUUAAUAAGAUAGCCAAAACUGAAAUGAUACUUUACCGAGGAGCUAAUCUGGAAUCCGAGCAAAUCACUAUUUAUGAAGAUAUGGCCCAGCAUCCCGACGAAUAUCGAUCAUUUCAAGCGUUUACAUCAUGUACCCGCAAUCCUCAAAAAAGCAGAACGGUUUGGGAAUACUUUGUUUAUCAUGAAAGUAUUGUCUGCUUUUACCGCCGAUCUAUGCAGAUUAUCUGA